UUUGGCUGUGAUUCAAAGAAUAAAGCCAGCAAUGAUUUGUCAAAUGAAAAAAAUAAGAAAAACAAAUCAAACCUGCUUGUAGAGAUGAAACAUUUAUUAAUCAAAUUAAUCCUAAUAAACUUGAAAGCACCAAAGUCGAUAAUAUGCCAUAUGUUUGUGGUAAAUAUGGUAAUGCAUUUAACAAUAAUCUUGUCAAAGAUAAAGAGAAUUAUGUAGCAAAAAAAUCAUGUGUAUGUGAUCAAUGUGGUAAAGCGUUCAGUAAUGCACAUUGUCUUACAACACAUAAACGCAUCCAUACAGGUGAGAAGCCCUAUGUAUGUGAUCAAUGUGGUAAGGCAUUUAAUCAAGUGAAUGCUCUCACAAGACAUGAACGCAUCCAUACAAGUGAGAAGCCCUAUGUAUGUGAUCAAUGUGGUAAGGCAUUUAAUAAAGCUGGUGAUGUCAAAAAACAUAAACGAAUCCACACAGGUGAGAAGCCCUAUGUAUGUGAUCAAUGUGGUAAGGCAUUUAAUCGUGAAGGUAAUCUCAUAGCACAUAAACGCAUCCAUACAGGUGAGAAGCCCUAUAUAUGUGAUCAGUGUGGUAAGGCAUUUAAUAAUGGGAGUGAUCUCACAAAACAUAAACGAAUCCAUACAGGUGAGAAGCCCUAUGUAUGUGAUCAAUGUGGUAAGGCAUUUAAUAAUGAACAUAAUCUCACAACCCAUAAACGAAUCCAUACAGGUGAGAAGCCAUAUGUAUGUGAUCAAUGUGGUAAGGCAUUUAAUCAAGCUGGUGAUCUCAAAAAACAUAAACGAAUCCACACAGGUGAGAAGCCCUAUGUGUGUGAUCAAUGUGGUAAUGCAUUUAGUUGUGAACAUCAUCUCACAACACAUAAACGCAUCCAUACAGGUGAGAAGCCCUAUGUAUGUGAUCAAUGUGGUAAGGCAUUUAGUUGUGAACAUCAUCUCACAACACAUAAACGCAUCCAUACAGGUGAGAAGCCCUAUGUAUGUGAUCAAUGUGAUAAGGCAGUUAAUCAGGUGGGUGAUCUCACAAGACAUAAACUUAUCCAUACAGGUGAGAAGCCCUAUGUAUGUGAUCAAUGUGGUAAGGCAUGGAGUCGCCUUUUCUCUCUCAGGUACCAUAAGCCAAAAUGUCAAGGUGCAAACACACAGUGCAAUAAGAAACUUGUGCAGUCUCAAGUGAGCAGUAUCAACACCAAUGAACUGUAAGUCUUAGUCUAUAAUAUUUAAUUAAUUUUUUGCAUCGAUUAAUUAUCUUAAUGAUGGGAAUAUCUACAAAUAUUGUAUUGAUGAACUUAUUGAUUUUCAAUAUCAUCUUUAUUCUUAAAUGACAUCGAAAUAGGUCUUUGUGUAUUUUUGUCUAUCAAUAUUUUUAAUAGAAAGGAAGGUUUGUUUUUGCAUGACUUCAGUUACUAUAAAUUAUAAACUGCAGUGGUAGGCUUAUUGUUAAUGGGACCAAGGAUUUUUUUCCUUCUCAUUCUUUCAUAAAGAUUAUUAGGUUAAUGCCCAUGUAAUUUAUUAGUAUUGGAACUUGUAUUGGAUGCUUACAGUUAUGAAUGGCGGAUUGUUAAAAUGAAGAAGUUAAGAAUGGAAACCACAAAUUAAUUUCAUGAUCAAUCCUCCAAUAUGCAGAUAUGUUUAUAGGUUUAGUGAACAAUACAUUCCACAAGAGUAGUUAAUAGGGAGCUUUGGAAUUUCUCCAGUUCAUAGUUAAGUGCACAUACCUUGAAAGUUACAUUUGUACAUUUCAAGUAAGUUUCAACAUGACUGAUAUGUAGAUUUCCUAUGAUCUAUUCUAUGCAUAUAUGAAACAAAUACCUUGUCUGUGAGAGUGUAUGAUUAUACAGGUACAAUUGUUAUACCUAGGACAUGUAGGAUAUGGAGACAUAUAAAAUUAAAAUGGGAUGUUAUUUAUCUACUUUAAGUGCUUAAAGUAAAAGUUAUGAAUUUAUUUAUUCAUUUUAAAGUCAUUCAUGAGAAUUCAGUAACAAUUUAAAUUAAAGUUACCUAAAUGUAUUUAAAUUAUUUAAUGUAUAUAGAACCAAAUUGGAUAAAAGGGGGAAAAAGAAAAAAGGGAAGCAUGCUUUUUAAAUUUGUUAAUCAAACAAGCAUACAUGUCAAUGAGUUGAAAUAUUAAAAAUGAUUUGAGUUGAUAUAACUUGAAUUUGAUUUGAAUUGAUCUAUAUUUUGGUUCAGUUGGUUCCAAUAUUU